UCUCAGUUCAGCUUUGCCCGUCGGUACCGUUCCGCGCAUCGGUCUCGUGCGUUUUAUCGUGGAUAUUCAUUUUCUCAACCAUUUGCCGCGAAUAUCCAAGCCUUUCGUGGUGCGUGUGCGUAUUUGGGGCAGCAACAGGAAGGCAGGGAAACAAGGUUAUUCUCAUAGCAGUACCAUAACCCAGACGUAACGUGAACCCCUCCGGCUACAAAAUGGAUAAUAGUCCGCCGCCACCCUCAGCAUUGAACAACUUCCGAAUCUUGUACCUGGUGACGCAACUGGUCGGCAUCACGAUCAUCAUUCUGGUGAGCUGCUGGAUCGGCAUUCAUCUGAACGGGCUGGGCUGGUCCUCACGCCCAUCCAUACAGUUCAACUGGCAUCCACUGCUCAUGUCAGUUGGCAUGAUAUUCCUCUACGGCAACUCCAUCUUGAUCUACCGUGGAUUCCGGUACGCUCGUAAGAAGCCGCUUAAGAUUACGCACGCUACAAUUCACGGUGCUGCGUUCAUCUUCACCGUGGUGGCGUUGGUGGCCGUGUUCGAUUCGCACAACCUCGCCAAACCUCCGAUCCCGAACAUGUACACGCUACACUCGUGGGUUGGAUUGUCCGCCGUGAUACUGUUCUCGCUACAGUACGUCUUCGGGUUCGCGGCCUAUCUGUUCCCGGGUGUACGUGAACAGCUGCGGGCAUCAUACAUGCCGGUGCAUGUAUUUUUCGGAGUAGCUGGAUUUGUAAUGGCCAUCGCUGCCGCACUGUUGGGUCUACUAGAAAAAGCCAUCUUCUCGGUCCAGAACUAUUCCGCACUACCACCCCAGGCUGUUCUGAUCAACACGAUCGGGUUGCUCUACAUCGUUUACGGUGGGUUGGUCGUAUUUCUCGUGACCGAACGGCAGUACAAACGACAUCCCCUGCCCGAAGAUGUCAUGCUACUGACGCACAGUGCUAGCGUCGGAUCAUCGUAAACAGUGUCCGCUGUGUUUAUGGUCCCUAGUGGAAAGAUCUCAAACACUUUGCCGUAGCUCUAGACCCGUACAUUCCCAACGGAGGCAGACAUUGAAUCCUACAGCAUUCCAACAGCAUAGUAUUGACCCAUCGAAGGUGCAUUUGAAGAGUCUUGUAGAAUGCGACUCUCUAGUGCUUCUACUCUAUCCGAGUGUGUAUUAUUAGUCCAUACCAUUGACGGCGAGGUGUCUAACAUUGAAAAGUUUCUGUGUAUAUAUAUAUAUAUUUAGCGAAUGGUACCUCAGCUAACAAGCGAAAGGAUCACCCUUUAACACUGGGGAAAAGUAUUUCUAGGGAUUUACGCUCAAAUUUGUAACUCUUCUCCCAAAACAGUACUUUCGCUGUGUUUCUGCUGCUUUACAUAAUGUACAACUACAUACAUACAUAUAUUUAAUAAACCUUAUC